AGCUGCAAUUCAGUUAGUGGAUUCCCUACUCCCAGUUAUUCCAAGGUGUGGGAGACCUCAAGAAAGGGAGACUCGGAGAUAAAGGAGAUUCCAAAGCAGGGGAGACUCCAAGAAAGAGAGACUUCAAAAACAGGAAGGCUCCCUUAUCUGUAUUUACAUCCCAUAGCAGGGCUCCCUCUGCUAUUUUGUGAAAAGCCAUAUGCGUGCGAUAUAUGUGAAUACAGGUGUAGGAGCUCCAGUGAUUUCAAGAAACACGGGCCCACUCACACGGGAGAGAAGUCGUAUGCGUGCGAUAUAUGUGAACACAGAUAUACUACCCUCGGUCAUCUCAAUAUGCCACGCCCUGGAGGAGAGAAGUCCUACGUGUGUGAUGUGUGUGGAUAUGCCGGCUCCAAGCUACGUUAUCUCAAGAAACAUAUGCGCACUCACACAGCAGAGAAGCCAUAG